GAAAAGGAGAUGAAAAAGGAGGAGGAGGAGGAGGAGGAGGAGGAGGAGGAAAACGACGCAGAAGAAGAAGAAAAAGCAAACUUAGUCUCAAGAAAGACGUUGAAAGUGAGAAGGAAGGAGACUCGGCAGAGCAAGAAGUUGAAACAAAUGCUGAGAUCCAAAAUGACCAGCCUCACCUGACAGUAGAAAGCGAAAAACUGACUGGGGAAAAAGCUGAGAGUGAAGAGACGAUGAACACUGCAGCAGAAAGUAAGGAAUCAGGAGGUAGAGAUGAUAAAGCAGAAAACACAGGUGAAGGACAUGAAGUUGAGCCAGAAAGCAAAACUGAAGCAAUGAAAGUAGUCACUCACCAUUCAAUACCAGAGAAAGGUUGCAGCAAAGACUGUGACGGUGAAGAAGCAUCGUCAAACACCAUCAGGAACAUAAACGAGAGUAAACCCGUACCGAUUUUAAAACGUAUUAGCUCAGGGAUGAAUAGAGCACCACAGUUUUCAGACGUCGCAAAACAGAUCAUGAAGGAGGUGCAAGAAACCCGAGACAGACGCAACAAGUGCUUGCGUGACCUGCGCAGCAUGAAACCCAAGGCCACCAGGAUUUAUAUGGUCAGGAAGUAUAAGGAGAAAAAGACAACAGAGGAAAAAGAAGCUGCAAACACAGCCACACUUGGGGAGGAUAUCAGUGGAGUGAAAAGCGAUACCAGUGUGAAGUCUUUAACAUCGAUUUCUGAAGAAACGAGCCAUAGUUCAUCGCAGGCUUCCACGGCAGCACACAAACAUUCCAACAAGAUUAAUUCAUCGCCAAAGGAAAAUAUGGAAGCACCUUUGCAGUCAGAAGAGAGUAAUGAAGUUUCAGAGGAGUCAAAGGAGGUCCAUCAUUCCCCAGACCAGGAAGAGAGUGCUGAUCCAGUCAAGGACAGGGCUGAUGAGUUGCGUGAAGACUUAGAGGGUAACGGGAAACCCGCAAAUAGUUCACCAGGGCCGGAGAUAAAGACUCUCACGCAAUUAUCGGUGGAGUGCAGCGCAUCAUCCUCUCCCGAACGUCUGGAAGAGGGACUCUUACCUCCCAGCAGCACGGCAGAGGGUGAGAGAAAGCAGCAAACAGAAAAGAAUGAAAAAGAAGCAGCGAUUCUUCCGGACAUAACAGAGGUGACAAGAAGACCACUGGUCCCACUCCUGUCAAAACUACAACUGUCCCCUGAUAGCGGUAAGGUGAACUCUUGUAUGGUGGAGGGCAGUGAGCCACGGCAACCUGAUUCAGAUGAUACUCUUUCUAAAAAGUCGGUGGGGACUGAGGCGGAGGCAACGGAAGGGAGGGCGGAUCAGUGUUUGGCUGCCGCGGGUCGCGCGAGGGUGUGUUGCGUCUCCUCCAUCACCACCGCCGCCGCCACCGCCACCGCCACCGCCACCGCCACCGCCACCAUCACCACCACCGCCACCUCCGCCGCCACCGUUACCCUUCCUCGCUCAGCUCACCCCGUUAUAGGCGCGGCAUCCAACAAGGUGACAGAAAAGACAAGUGUCACAAAAGACGUAGUUGACAGUAAUGGUAACUUUGAGGCUGGAAAAGCAGAGGAUGAGAGGCCGUUAAAAGAGACGGGGAACGUUCAGCCCAAGGUUGUAGGAGUGAAGCAUAAGAGUGGAGUGGAGCCAGGCGUGGAACUGCUGCCACUAUGUAACUCACCUCGCAGUGCGGGUGGGACCUGCACCAUAAACUCGCCCACCGCACUAAAGCAGGACAGAGCUACGAGAGAACACACGCAGGAUCUAAAAGAAACACAAACCCCAAAAAGCAAGAGUGAAGUACACACGUCGGUCGUCGCACAACGCAGGGCCGUGAACUUGGAAAUUCUUCAGAACGCAGAGAAAGCAAGGAGGGAAAAGGUCGGCAUCUUCCUCAAGGAGGACGAUUGUGUUCAGCGAGUGAGUAAAACAGACAAAGAGAAGACCACGAGAUCAAUGAAACAGGACGGAAAUAAAGUGACCUCAUCUCUCAACACAAGCAUUGCUUCAGAAAAUGGAAUCGAGGGAGACGCUUUGGAGGGACCUUGGGCAACGCCGCAAUUGGCUCGGGUGGUGCAGGAGCUCGUGGUUUCUAGGAAAUUCAACAUGUCUUCCGCUCAGGCCAAGAAACGUCAGCAAAAUCUCACACAGUUGGACGCCUCGCAGAAGGAUCGCACUCUUAUAUUUGACAGUUCUAGAUUGAUGAAGACGAAACAGGGAAGUGAGAAAAGUGAAAAUCCUCUGCUUCUACCAAAUGACGCUGAUCAGAGACAAAAAGUGGAAGAAAGCAAGAAUGCUUCAAAGAUUACUGGGGGAAAAAACGGACGAGGCGGUGCCAAUGGGGGUGAACUGGCACAAGCCAGUCCUACAAAUAAGAAAAGACAACUCCAACGCCAGGCUGCGGUUAGCACAGAUGUGCAGAGCGAGCCUGCAUCUGCCACCGAGGACAGAAAGGUCGGUGACCAGGACUGUCUCGAAUCACACGGCCACCCACAAUCCUCCACCAACAUGACUGCCUCUGAGGAACCUACAGAAACUGAGCGUGUACAGACAGAUAAAACGAGCGUGACCACUGUUAAUGUUAGUGAGGAAUACAACAAGUGUGAAGUCGGCAGAGCAAAACUCAUUGACAAUGAUAAUUGCAGAAAGAUGCAGUCUUCGUUGAAAAUAGAAAAACUUUCUCGCUCACCAAAGCAAACAAGAAUGAGAUUACAUAAAGUCGUUGAGAAUUUGUCCCUGAAACAUAGUCAAGUGUCCCCAAAAAGUUCCCCAUCACCAACCUCUCCGGGAUUUAGUUCAUGUAAUUCCUCUCCAAUAUCAACUAAAGACUCUCCCAAAUCACCUACGGCAGUCUCACCGUCACUUAUUUCUUCACAAAUGAGAACUUCAAGGUCAGUUGCCCAGAGUCCGAGAGCAAGGGAACCUCCUUCUUCCUUGGAAAUAAAAGUAACCGGACAAAACGUAACCACAGAGACGACAUCGCCUGUCUGUACGCCGAAGCAGUCUUUUGAUGGAAAGGAAAUUUGUCCUGCGGGAGAGAGUGUAAUAAAGAACAAAGAUUGUGAGAUAUCAAGUCCAUUAAGGAAAACGCCAUCACGGAGUGAUCCUCCUACCGAACUUAUUUUUAAUUUUUUGAAGCUUCCGCAAAUUCUUACUGAUCAUUGUAAUACCAAUAAGAAGGAUCAGCAGUCUAUCACGGACGCAUCUGAUCUCCAGAUGGACUCUAGAGCAGGAUACACGCGAAAUAAAGAGCGACAGAAGGUAGAACUCCAGCUACCACGAGUCUCCAAGUCAAGUACUGGGAAGCUAGACUCAGAUAUUUUACAGUUCUUUGAAUCACAGCAACAAAAACCCAGGGAAAUCUUACGAAAUGAAACUGUCAUUCAAGAGCAUUUCAAAGACAGCAACAGUGCCAAUAAACUGAAGUCAGACAGCGAUAAAAAGCUUGACCAGGAUGCCAAGAAAAGCACUGCAUCUACUCCUCAAUCUAAAGGUUGUUCCCAAGACAACAUUGAACCCGGCAAGAGAGAUCGCACUUCUAGUGAUCCUAUGGACAGAGUCAGUCACGAGAAUACUGCUUGUAAGUUAAGGGCUGUGAAGAGUUUUGACGAAACUUCGGUGACAAAAUCAUCAAGUGAAGAAGAUGAAAAGCCGCAGAAAAUGAAGAGCGUCGAAGGAACUGUGAAACAUGUCACCUCUGAAAGCCAUGAAGGAAAACAAGUAGAGCAAGGUGGAGUGAGCAAAGCUGGCGAGAAGAACUUUAGCACUUCCACCGUGACCAGCAGCAGCAGCAAAACCGACGCCAGCCGCCAGACUGCACACUCGGCACAGGUCGAACCAGAGGAAGACGGGCAUGGUGAUAAAGGAAAAACACCUGCGUCAGUACAUAGUCAAGAAUCUAUGAAUCAAAGGGUUGUUGUUACUAGAAAUAUGUCUCAAGAAAGCAUCAGGAGAAUAACAAAAACUGAACAAACUCGCAUUGCAGGGAAGGAAAAUAGUGAAAAGUUACUUGACAACAAUACCAGGAACCCGGAACCCUCAGAAACAGGACAGACUGAUGUUGAUUCUGAAGUCACACCACAAAGCACUGCUGUGGCAGCAAAGAAAAAGAACACGCUGAAAGAUAAGAAGCUCUCAAAAGUUCAGAUGGAUGAAUCACAAGAAAUGAAAAAUCGCGAGGGAAUUGAAAGUGAAAGCUUCGUGAAUAAUUCAUCGUCGGGCAGCGAAAGGAGAGAGGUAGCAGAUAGGAUGCUGACGAAUGGUGGAGAUGAGAAUUUAACUCAAGAUUGCCUUUCCACCGCAAGUAGUGAGAGGCCUGAGGAUGCAACAGUGAUAUCUCAGGAUAAUGGAGGCACCCUGUUCGUAGCUGUUGGCCAGGAACUAAAAGAAAAUACAAAGGAAGCAGGAAUGCAAAAAACACAGAUAGGGUGUGAAAAGAAGUUACCCUUGCAAGAUGAUCUCGCGGACGGGGUUGCCAACUCGUCCCUCAACAAGAACCUUGUUCUUCAGGCAGCACUCCCACCUCUUCCCCAGCCUCCUCCAGUAUCCUUUGCGGGCCACGCACAUCACUCGGGAUCGUCACCAACCCAGCCAGAUCCAAUGGAUGAAAAGAAACUGGACACCAAGACUACUAAAAGAGCCGCGUCUCUCCAGGACGAUCAGCACCAGCAGUGUAUGAGUGAAGAUUCUAAAGAGGCUUUCGACAAGGUAGUUUGUCCAGUUACCAAGAAUCCAGACAGGAAGGAAGUGGUGAAAAAACCAAGUCGAGAUUCUGUAACAUUUCAUCUUACGUUAGUUGCCACUGGCAGCUGCAAGAAAGAAAGAAAUGCAGACCAGACACCACCAGAAACUUCUAAAAAUAAUACCGUCAUUCAGAAAAGAACUUUCCUCGAAACUUGUGUUGACGAUGAUCCUCACCAGCAUGGGAGUAAAGAUUCCCAAUCUACUGUUCACAAUGCUCCUAGCGACACCGUCAAGGCUGCUUAUACUGAAGUGGAGAAAACGGAGGAUAUAGUAUUUGCUGAGAGACUGAUGGAGACUAAUAAAACUGCAAGCACUGGACGAGGAGGGGCCAACGAGGCGUCAGGCCGAGGUACUGCUGCUCGUAGGCUGCCGAGGAGUCACCGGAGACUUACCAAAACUAUAUCUGAAGGAAGUUUCACUCUUGGUCAACAGGAAGAACUUGGCGUCAGUGAGCCUCCUCAUCAGAAUCCUGAGAAGCUUCCUCGUCCGCCUUCUUUGUUACGAAGCCGGACAGAGAGCGAGUUUUCUCCUGAGAGGUUGGCUUCGGCCACUGCGGUAGAGUGCGUGGCUGCAGCCAAAACAUCAACGGUUAGUGAAAUAUUUGCCCGUGGGGUGUAUGGCAGACUCAAGGCCAAGAGCCGCAGCGUUGAGAACAUCCGGCUGUCAAGCUUAUGCUGCGUAGAGAUACCUUUUCCUACUGACGCUCCAGCCCCGCCCGUUCCUGCUCCACGUUCAAGUGUUUUUGCUGCUUCAUCUUCAUCUUCUUGCCGCAUCGUCGGUGUCUUGAAGAAAAAAUACUCUGUUGACAACAUUCUUGACUCAAAAUCUUCACCUAAAGUAGACUUCCGGCCAUCUGGAGGAUUCAGAGGUACCACUGUAAAACCAAAAACAGAAAUCCUCCCUGUAGGUGAAACAGAUCGUGCUGACAGCGAACAUCCAGUGCAUGACACGGCAAGUAGCCAAGAUCGAUCCCCUGUCUUGGCUUCAUCGUCAGAGGCGUCGCAUGACACCACAACACGUCAGGUGUUCAGAGAAAAACAAGAAAAAUUGGUCAGUAAUACUUCAGAUCAAGAAAAAGUACAACAAAUAUCUCCUUCUGAGGGCUCAUCGAGAGAAACUCCCAUCUACCAGAAUAUACCCGAGGCUCUUCUUUGUCAGAAAAAAGCAGAAGCAAUGAUGGCGGAGGACUCGCUGAGCAUCCAAGUGAUGGAGCAAUCACAACAGAAAUCUGCUGCAGCUGAUCAGAGAAAACCCACACAAAAAUUUAUACACAUUUACGAAAAUGUGCCAAUAAUAGCUGGGAGAGAACCACAGGAUGAAGCAGUGGUCAUGGAAUCACCAAAAAGAAUAGUACAGCAGAAUACAGAAAAGCCAUCAGGUGGAAAUGACUUUGCAGACUCUCCCAGCUCAAGUAGCUGGUCUUCCACCUCUCCUCUUGGAGACGUGUUCUUCCCAUCCAAGCGCGCUACUUUUGAAAAGACUUCCCUCAAGAGAAAACAACAGCCAGAAUCAGAAAGCAGAAUUGAAAAGCAGAAAUCUAAUUACAUGAAACAAAGGACGGUGAGAGUUGGCAUUCUCAAGAAACAGAAGUCAGACAUCACAGGGGUGCGGCUUCAGAAACUACAUUACUUCGACACUGAAUUGCCAGGAGAGUUGCGCAGGUCUUAUUCAGUGAGUGGUGGCGGCGUCCAAAGCAAGGGGCAGGGAUCUCCUAAGAAUGGAGCCGAAAAUGGCACAGAUCCUGAAGGAUCGAAUACUGACACGAAGCAGAAGGAAGGCAGGGAAGAAUUGAUAGAUCUGGAACGCAGGUGCCACAGCUCUAUCAGCGGUGGCAGUAACACGAGCAGGAGCAGUGCCAUCGACCGCAUUUUACAGACUUGUGCCCCUUGCAUAUCAAGCAACACCACCGGCUCAACACUUGAUCUCUCCUCAUCCCCCAUGCCACGUCCUAAACCUACGCAGAAAAAAAGCGGCUUCUAUUAUGGUGGGGACACUAUGGGAGGGGAAGGGGGGCGUUCCAGUCGCCGCCAGCAUACACGGACGAAGCAUCCAUACAAGUCCUCUUACUCUUCAUCUGACGUAACAUUGCUUACUUCCGGCACAUCGUCUCUUGCCUCCCAAGAUACUCUCACUGACAGACAAUCCACCAAAGCAGCACCAGAAGAAUGCAUGGGAACAUUAGGCUGCGCCAAAAAUGAGGAUCAAAUAUCCAAGACGGCAGAUGCUGCAGAAUCUAGCCAGAGCAACGGCAGUCAAGACACGGGAAGUACAUCUGGACUGGCCUCCUCAGAGCAUUCCAGUACCAAUGGUGAAGCAACGAACACUAAUAAGCACAUCAUUAAUGAUAACAACCUCGUCAACUUUGAGAGGAAAAGCAGCACACCGACGCCGACUGAACAGAUCGGUGAGGUCAAUAGUGAUACAGAUUUUUACAGUGAAUUGCUUGAUACCAUUCUUAGUGUUGUUGACGGGCAGGAGCAAUCCUUCUCGGGGGAAAUUGAAAAUUUAUGUUCCUCAGAGGGGGCAACAUCGCAGCUUAGCGAGGAACAAUCACAUAAUGACAUCAAUAAGACCAACAAAACACCGGACCGUCCAGCCGUAACCAGUGACUCAGACUCUACCACCAGCGUGGACUCUGAGUUAGCUGAAGUGCGGCGCCGAAUCACGGAAAGGUUUCCCCCUACGCCGCGUUCUGACCCCGAGGCCAGUCAGGAGUCAGUACUUGCCUCCCCUAGUGCUGUGUGCCCCAUGCCUGACUGCGCCGCUUGCCGCUCCACAAACCUCUCUGAACCUUUGAUGUUCGCCUUCGACCAACCCAUCACACCCCCAGUCCAAUGUGAACCGGGGCGCGCUGCCAGCCUCCCCUUCGUCGACCACACUUUUACAAGUACAAAUAGUAAUGACCACUUCACAAGAUCCAGUAGCCUCCCACACGACUCGGAUAUCUAUCACAGCACUCAAGUCAUGUGCCGCCACGACCAGGACGAGGAAGAGUACUGGAGUGCUGGUGAGGACACUGCGCGAGGCACUCCACAGAGCACCCCGCGCCACCAGUCUUCAUACCAAGGACAUUUGCCUCAACAUCUGAAACAACAGUGCUCCUCAAAUCCAGCCUGUUUACAAUACGCACUCUCGUCGCCAGAAAACUCGCUCACCAAAGAUUCAGUUCUGCAAGACUUUUCUCCACGCGACUCAUCUCCCUUAACAGACUCUGGGGUCGAGAUGCUGAAAGAUCACAGUGAGCUAUCGAGUAACCAGCUGGUGGAGGAGGUGUCGCAGUUACGUCUGGAGAAUGAAAAGCUGACGAUACGGAAUCGAGGUCUGCUGAGUGAGGUGGAGGAACUGAGGAGAGUAAAAGAGAGUAUCGUGGAGGAAGACCAACACCUCAAACCCAAGAUCAGCGAGAUGACCGUGGAGUUGACACACGCCAAGGAGGCAUUGUCAGCCUUGAAAGCAGACAGAAAGCGCUUGAAGGCUGAGAAGUUUGACUUGCUGAACCAGAUGAAGCAGCUCUAUGCCACGUUGGAGGACAAGGAGAAAGAGCUAAGGGACUUCAUUCGGAAUUAUGAACAGCGGAUGAAGGACAGUGAUGAAUCUCUUCGGCAUUUGGCAGCCGAAAGAGAUGAAACUGAGCGGGAGAAAUGGAACAUUCUGAAGCACGCAAGGGAUGAGUCAGAGAAGGUAGUGAAGCUCUCUGCACAGCUUGGUCUCAAGGAAGCCACUGUGAAGAAGCUCCAGGAAGAACUUGACUUGGUCCGGAAGCAGCUCAACUCUGUGGGUUACUACAGUGAUGCAGAGUCUGUCAGGACCAAUGGAUUGCCCACUCCUACUGCCUCCACCCCAACCUGCUCCCCAUUGCCUGUGGCCACACCCACACCAACCCCAAAUGGACGUGGGUCAUCAGCCGACUCAGGUGUUAGAGUCUCCAGUGACCGGGAAUCCACUGCCAGCCAUGAUGGCACCCCUUUCUUUCCCCUGGAGCGAGGGUCUGUGGAUUGCGAUACGUAUCGAUGUCCUGCUGUGCCCCAGUACCUCUAUUAUGCCUGUGGGCCAGACACCCCUAAAGAGUCCCCCUCACUCUCCCCCUUGUAUGCCACUCCUGCGUACAUUCGGGCAGGGGAUGACCAGCCAGGUGGAGGGGAUAAGACGCCUACCAGUGUACAAACUUCAGCUACCAUGAGUGGCCUUGCUAACAGUAGUGCCAAUGCAGGGGGAUUGAGUCGUUCUGCUGAGCAAUUGUGUGAGCGUUUGAGUGAAGCUGGUGAGAUCUCAAAGGCACAAGGAACCAGCACAUUGAUGCGCAAGAAUCACAAGAGUGGUGGAACUUGGGGAUCCAUCUCUAGGGUCUUUGCACGACAGAAAAAACGAGCUGCCCUUGACACUUCAAUAUAUGAUGGUAGUGGGAGUGACAAGAGGGCAUCAUGGUCUCCAAGCUCCUCCCUCUGUGCCUCUCCACUAACUGAGGAGAGUUAUUCUGAGAAGCUGAGGCUACUGGAGGAAGCACAACACAUCCCUCUGGAGAGAUGGAAAGCUCCUACAGUUCUUGCCUGGCUAGAAGUCACUUUGGGCAUGGCUCAGUAUGGUGCAAUGUGUGCAGAAAACAUUCGGAGUGGGAAGGUUCUACUUGAGCUUAGUGAUUCUGAACUGGAGGCAGGUCUUGGAAUCACACACCCUAUGCACCGGAAGAAGCUACGGCUAGCUAUUGAGGAGCUACGGGAACCUCGGCUAACUCGGUACCCAAGAAUCUCAGCCUUAGGGCACACUUGGGUCUCCUCUGAAUGGCUUCCAGACUUGGGCCUCCCUCAUUACUCAGAGAGUUUUGCUAAUAGCCUGGUUGAUGGCCGCCUCUUGGAUGCCCUCACUAAGAAGGAGCUGGAGAAGCACCUUGGUGUCCACCGUAAAUUCCACCAAGCAUCUAUCAUUCAUGGGGUUCAUCUUUUGAGGAUUGUGAGGUUUGACAGACAGGUUCUGGCUGAAAGGCGGAGGCAGUGUGAGCUGGUAGAUACAGAUCCUGUUGUGUGGACCAACUUGCGAUGGGUUCGUUGGGCACGAUCUAUAGAUCUGGCAGAGUAUGCAGACAACCUCAAGGAUAGUGGUGUUCAUGGUGCACUAGUAGUACUGGAGCCUUCAUUCACUGCAGACACCAUGUCCACAGCUCUUGGUAUUCCACAAUCUAAGAAUAUAAUCCGAAGACACUUGGCAACUGAACUUGAAAGUCUUGUUAAUCCUGCAAGGCAGCAGCUGGAUGAGCAAGCUAGGUAUGCCAAGAUGGAGCGACGGAGACAGGAAAAGCUGGCAUCAGGAGGUAGCCUUGGGAGAUCCUUCUCUCGCAGCUAUGGUACAGGCCUGGAGAAGGGUGAUAAAGACAAGCGAAGAGCCUCAUUAAGGCCCUUGCAAAAACAGGCUUUUGCAUUUCCUACACUACCGUCUAAGUUUGGCACUUGGCGGACCUCUCAGGGGUCACUUAGCCGAGCUCUUGGAUUGCGGCUAAGAGAAGAAGCUGUAUCAGGAGGCAGCACCAAUGGUGGAGGAGAGUCCUCUUCCUCAGGUGGACAGUCGCCUGCAGUCACUACUCGGGCCCACCCUCGCCAUGGACACCAUGCCCGGCCACGGUCCUCAAUCAUGCCUUCUCAAGCAUACUUCCAUCAUGAGACUCACCGCCGUGUGAAGAGUAUUGGAGACAUUGAGACAAUUACAGUGACACCAGUUUAACAAAUGUAGAAUGGUGUUCCGUUUACUUCUCUCCAAGCUUUUGUUGAAAUGCAUAUUUGAAUCAGUUUGGUGGCUUAUCCUAGAUGCAAUAGGUUUGUGUGGAAUGUACUCAGCCACCCAUUAUGGAAAUCACAAAAACAAGUAAUAUUUUAAUAUUCUAUUGUGAAAAGUGUGAAAAGCAUGGUUGAAUUGUCUCCAGAACAGGUGGAGAUUCUUCCAGCCUUCAAGCACCCCUCGCCUCCCCAACAACUGCCAACCAACUUCUCUUCACUGAUAAUACUGCCAAUCUAGAUAUUUUCAUACCUUAUCUGAAACACAGAUUCAUAUCAAAAUGUUUCAUUACCUUAAUACUAGUCGAGUACAAGACAGCAAGGAGCCACAGGGACCACAAGCAGAAUGCCUUCCCCUGUGUGUAGUCUCAGGCUGGUAGUUUUGUGUAAGCUACAUUUUAAUUCAGGACUCAGUCUUAUUAUCUUUUUGACUGAUUACAACUAUGACUUAGCAUACUAUGUACCUUUACAUUAGAUGUUGAAAGGCAAAAAAGCACGGCACAUAGCUCAAAUGUUAUUUUGUAUAUAUCUGUAAAAAAGAAAAAAACAAUUUGCCUAGCAUGGUAAGGAUGAGGAUAGUAAAAUGAUGAGGCAUGGGACCAUAUGAUAGUAAUUACAGUUAUCUGAAGGGAAGACACACAUCUGGGGUCAGCACCAGAGUCAGGCUCAUUUACUCUGCUACACCAGUCAUAUAUAUACUAUGUCUGUUGAAAUACCCAUGAAGUCAUACAUAAGGUAGUAGAAGACAAUAUACAUAAAACCUUAGGAAUAACUUUUCAAGGCUAUUGUUAGAAAAUGGCAGAGAAUUUACCAGAGGUAAAGUAUAACUGUGUAUAGCCAUGUCACUUUUGUACUUAAAAAUAUUGCUAUGGUGUUAGUAAAAUGUAAACUGUAUUUGCUUCAUCUUAAUAGGUUGUUGAGUGUUUUAUGUCACAGCACCCCACAUGUGUGCUCAAACCUUUAAUUAAAAGCAGCAUAUUGAGGUAAGAUAUAUGAUAGAAUAAAUGAAUAAAUACAAAAAUAUAUGAUUUUGUGACGAAGUACACACAGAUUGUGAAUAUAAUGUGAGCACAGUGUUAAAGUUAUAUAUCUUUAACACAUGUUGUAUUUUACUUUUAUUGCCUUAUCAUUUCUACCAAUAGGCCAUGUUACAAGUUUUUCUUCUCUGUUUACUGGAAAAAAGUGAAUUUCCUAGUCAGUCUCGUGUGUGUGUGUGUGUGUGUGUGUGUGUGUGUGUGUGUGUGUGUGUUGGGGGAAUAUUGUACACCAUUCAAGAUUGUAACUGAAUUGUAGAAAUGUAAGCAGCAAUAGAAUGGCUAAAUUUAUAUUAGAAAAAAAUCAGUUGAUAGUGUGAAUAACUUAAUUUAUAUGAGUGAAUAAAAUUUUUUACACUAACAGGUUAUGCCCAACUUUUAAAUAUGGAUAAUGAGUUCUUGAAUUGACUUUACUUUGCAGACUACAUAGGGAGUGACAUUCUUGUAUGAAUUUCUUAGGAAAGUGAAUUUUUUUAUCCUUUUAUCAUACUUUGCUCUAUUUUAUGUUUUUAUUUGUGUGUGUCUGUGCGAGUACGUGUAUGUGCAUAUGUGUUUGUGAAUUAGUGUCGUCAUUUAGAAUACCUUUAAAGCGAAGCAGAAUAAUUCAAUAAACUCAACCUGUAAACUUACAGUAAAAUUUCAUAAUGACUUGAAUAUUUGAGUAUAGCUACACUGUAUUAAGUAUAUGCAAAUAUUUUAAAAGUUAUUGUAAUUUAGGUUCUCAUGACACACACACACACACACACACACACACACACACACACACACACACACACACACACACACACACACACACACACACACACACACACACACACACACACACACACACACACACAUUCUGCUUUGCUGCUUGACAAGAAAAGGCUAUAAAAACAGAAAAAUCCCACUGCCUCAGGUAUAAUUAGUUAAGCUAGAAAUACAAUUGGAGCUCUUAUCUAAUUCACCUGUCUUGCUUGUAAAUGCACUUAUUUUUAAAAGAAAUUGCAUACUCAACAUGCUUUACUUAAAACAGAAGAAAUAAAAUCAUGUGGUGACCAAAGUAAGAUUUAAGGAUUGCAUAUUUUAUACUAAUGGCAUUUUCUAUUAUUAAUGAAAAAUAUCUAUUCAUACCUUGCAGUUACAGAUUUUCAUAAUGAUAGCAUGUUUGCCUUAUAGGUAUGAAUUUAUGAUUUUGCUUUGACUUACGAUUGAAAAAUUGUAAUGACAAAUAAUAGCCUUUUACACUGUAGACCAAGAGCAAGUUUCUUUCAGUUUUACACAAGCAGUUACUCAGAGGUAGAUGGUCUGUCUGUCAUAGUGAAAGAUCAUCAUCUCUUUUUGGAGAUUACCUACAGAAAGGAUUCAUGCUGUGACUGUAUGCCCUGUAUGUAUGUGUAAAUUUUGAUUUUUUUUUUUUUCGAUGUAAAUCAUUUUUUAUAUAUUUUCUUUCCAAUCUUAAAUGGCAUUGCUGACAAUAUUAGGUUAAGACUUCUUGUUGUCUAAUGUUACUAGUUGUGCUGACAAUUUCUCUCUUUUUUCCCCAUUUGGUCCACAUAAACAAGUUUUCAAGCUACCUUUGAUAAAAUAAUUUAUCAUAUAGAUUAAUUACUUGCAGAAAACUCUAUUACAGUUGGUGUGUAUACUGACUAAGAGUUGCCAAAUUACUGUUGUAAUUCCAAUAUCACAACUUGUUGAGGAUAUAAAUGUGAAGAACAUAAUUUCUCUGUAUUUACAUACUGUUGUGUUUUGUAUAAAAUGUCAGUUUUUAUGAAUAACAUUUAUUACAGUGCCAUUAAAAAGUGUAUGAAUAUGUAUUUUUAAGAAACACCAUCAACACCAUUCACAUAAUGUAAUAUGCAUACUUUACCAUAUGCUCUUGCACACAUAGCAGCAGUGAUCAUUUUACAAUAACAGUACUUUGAGGCAUGAAUGAAAGAUGCAUAUGAAGUUAUAUGCACAAUGUAUAAUGGAGUGGUAGUGUAUUUUUAUGUACUACACAAAACUUUGUGAAAUUGUAUACUAUUAAGGAGUUAUUUUUCUUACAGUGAUGUCCCAACAGUAUAUGACUUUUAAGUGUAGUGUUAUUAAGUGGCUUUGACAACUUUUUUUUUUAUGGUAGCUUUUAACAACCAAGAUUACUCUCAAUAUGACUGCAGUUGAUACCAAGUUAAAGGGCAGGUUUCAGAAGAUUAUUGGGAGGCAGUUGUUUGACAUUCCAAUAUGUUUCUAAUGAAACAAUAAAGCAAUUAGAUAU